UGGAGCUGUAAUCCUUUGAACACUGUUACCAUGGAAACCAUAAGAGCAUCUGUCAAAUGUAAAUAUUGUGACAAAGAUAAUCUGAAGAGCUGGCUCAAAGAAAAUGACUGAAAUGGAAAAACGUUGUCAGGAAGAGAAAGCGUCACUGGAAGAGAAACAAACCUGCACAAACCCAGGAGAACAUUAUGAUGAAGCCUCAGUUGGUCCCAGUGAUGGACAGCAGGAUCAGCCCACCAAGAGGCUGCAGAAACAACAUCGUUGUAACAAGUGUCUGAAACUUUUCAGAUGGAAGUGGUAUCUGAAAAUUCAUCAACAAAUUCACACUGGAGAGAAGCGCUUUCUCUGUGACCAGUGUGGAAAGGCUUUCAAUCAGAAGUAUCAUUUAAAUAGACAUCUGCGAAUCCACACUGAUGAAAAGCCUUACAGCUGCAAUUGCUGUGAGAAGACAUUCAAAGAUUCCUCAAGUCUGAAGCGUCAUCAGCGAAUCCACACUGGUGAAAAGCCUUAUAGAUGUGAUCAGUGUGAGAAGGCAUUCAAACGUUCCUCAGAUCUGAAGCGUCAUCAGCAAAUCCACACUGGUGAAAAGCCUUACAGCUGCAAUUGCUGUGAGAAGACAUUCAAAUAUUCCUCAAGUCUGAAGCUUCAUCAGCGAAUCCACACUGGUGAAAAGCCUUAUAGAUGUGAUCAGUGUGAGAAGGCAUUCAAACGUUCCUCAUAUCUGAAGCUUCAUCAGCGAAUCCACACUGGUGAAAAGCCUUAUAGAUGUGAUCAGUGUGAGAAGGCAUUCAAACGUUCCUCAGGUCUGAAGCUUCAUCAGCGAAUCCACACUGGUGAAAAGCCUUACAGCUGCAAUUGCUGUGAGAAGACAUUCAAAUAUUCCUCAAGUCUGAAGCGUCAUCAGCGAAUCCACACAGGAGAAAAAGCCUGAUCCACAUAAAACAGUAGCAACAUCUGGAAUGUGAGGGAACUUCUUUCUCUCCUCCUUUCUUCCAUCACUACGGUGACAACAGUCGGUGAUGUCAGUAACAUUUAUAUCAAUAAUAAUAACAAGCAUGCAAACAAAU